GCAAGCAGGGAGCCAUUCAGCUGUGUGUGGGGCUGGGGUCCCACUCCAGGGCCCUUACAGCUCGCUGGGGAGGAAAAAGAAGGGCUCUUUCUGGAGAACUCUCCGUAGGGUUCGCCCAGAGCCCAGGGAGCAGACCGCACGUUUUCGAGCGUGUUGAGGAAUGCCCGGAGGCAGCGACAGGGCAGCACUGCACCAGCCAGCCACCUUAGCACCUCGGGAUCCCCGGGCGACGGGAGUGAUGAGGACACUGCUCCCCAGGACCUACCUCAUGGGGCAUUCAUGUGGGUUACAAUGAGUCAUUUGCAUGAGGCGCCUAUCCCCUUAUGCCAGCGUGGGGCUCACCCGCACAGGCUGCGCGGCCAGGGGGAUGGGUCUCGGCAGCUUGCAGUGGGGCCCGUGCUCUCAUGGGUGGGGAGAAGGCGGACUCAGAGGCUGGUUCCGCACGAGACCGGUGGGAGCCAAGACUCGGGAACGGAAGCAAGUGGCGUUGGUCCAAACUCAGAAAUCAGAGGGUGGAUGGAAACCCAAGGAACUGCCAUCACCCAAGCCCCUGUGGCAUGCAGCCUGUCAGCUGUGGUGGCAUCUCCUUCAGCAGGACUUCACGUUAUCGAAGGGGCAAGAUGCCCAUGCUGGGCAGAAUGACGAGAACACCGACCGCGGGAACUGGUCAAGCAAAACGGACUAUCUCCUGUCCAUGAUUGGCUACGCGGUGGGGCUGGGCAACAUCUGGAGAUUCCCUUACCUGACCUACCAGAAUGGAGGAGGUGCCUUUCUAAUCCCUUACACGGUGAUGUUGGCUUUGGCUGGGUUGCCUUUAUUUUUUUUGGAAUGUUCCCUGGGGCAGUUUGCCAGUCUGGGGCCAAUUUCGGUGUGGAGAAUGUUGCCAAUUUUACAAGGCGUGGGAUUCACGGCGGUCAUCAUCACCACCUUGGUUGCCAUCUACUACAACGUCAUCAUCGCCUACGCCCUCUACUAUUUAUUUGCCUCCUUCCAGAGCGUCCUGCCGUGGUCGGACUGCUUCUCCUGGGCGGACGCCAGCUGCAGCAAGACCCCUCUAGUGAGUGAUUGCAAUACAACCCUACUGAACGGGACCGUCAUUCACACAAACUACUCCUUUGUCACCAGCAACAAUCUGACCUGUCUCAACGGCAGCAUGACGUAUAAACAGGUGCAGCCCCCCAGUGAGCAGUACUGGAACAAAGUCGCCCUGCGGCGCUCCAGCGGGCUGGACGAGACGGGGGAAAUUGUCUGGUACUUGGCCCUCUGCCUGCUCCUGUCCUGGCUGAUCGUCGGAGCCGCCUUAUUUAAAGGAAUAAAGUCUUCAGGAAAGGUUGUGUACUUCACCGCGCUCUUCCCCUACGUCGUCCUCGUCAUCCUGCUGGUGCGAGGGGCCACGCUGGAGGGCGCCCGGAACGGCAUCGAGUACUACAUCGGGACGCAGUCCAACUUCACCAAGCUGAUGGAGGCCGAGGUUUGGAAAGACGCAGCUACCCAGAUCUUCUUCUCCCUGUCGGUGGCCUGGGGAGGGCUGGUCGCGCUCUCCUCUUACAAUAAGUUCCAUAACAACUGCUAUUCCGAUGCCAUUACCGUUUGUUUAGUAAACUGUCUCACCAGCGUGUUUGCCGGCUUUGCGAUAUUCUCCGUUUUGGGACACAUGGCUUUCCUGGCAGACAAACCCGUCUCGGAAGUGGUGGACUCAGGCUUUGAUUUGGUAUUUGUCGCCUAUCCGUCGGCUCUCUCCAAGUUACCCGUCGCCCCUCUUUGGUCAUUUUUAUUUUUCUUCAUGCUUCUACUCUUGGGGCUUGACUCUCAGUUCGCUUCCAUAGAAACAGUGACAACCACCAUACAAGAUAUAUUCCCCUCGAUGAUGAAAAAGUUGAGGGUUCCCGUAACCCUGGGGUUAUGCAUGCUGCUGUUUUUUCUUGGCCUCAUCUGCGUCACUCAGGCAGGAAUCUACUGGGUUAACCUACUGGACCAUUUCUGUGCUGGAUGGGGGAUCCUGUUUGCAGCGGUGCUGGAAAUCGUAGGCAUUAGCUGGAUUUAUGGAGGGAACAGAUUUAUCGAAGACAUCGAGAUGAUGAUUGGGAAGAAGAGCUGGUGGUUCUGGCUGUGGUGGCGAGCAUGCUGGUUCUUCAUUACCCCGGUGCUCUUAUGUGUGAUUUUGUUCUGGUCGCUGGUGACAUUUUCCACUCCCAAGUACGGCUCCGUCGAAUACCCCACGUGGGGAUCUGCCGUGGGCUGGUGCCUGAUUGUCUUCUGCAUCAUCUGGAUUCCCAUUGUUGCAAUCAUUAAAAUAGCCAAAGCUCAAGGGAACCUGUGGCAGCGUAUCAUGAGCUGCUGCCGCCCAGCUGCUAACUGGGGUCCCUACCUGGAGUGCCACCGAGGGGAGAGGUACAGCCACAUGACAGAUCCCCACAAGGAGCAAGACCAGGAGAUCCCCACUGUGGACGGCAUCGUGCACAAGCUAGAAUGAGACGCCUGCCAUGGGCUGCCUUAUACUGAAUACAAAUGUGAUUUUUUUUUUUGUUUAACGUUGGAAAAUAGCAAUAACCCCAGGGAAAGCUGUAGUAUUUAUUGUUAGCGUGUCUGCACAGGGCGGGGCAAGUCAUGGAGAGGAAAGCCCAGGCCGCCAGGGUAGGAGGGCCAGAAAAUACACCCUCAGCGCGGAGGGCCGGGGAGGAAUGCGCAGCGCCCUGGGCUGCAGAUGCUGCUGUGGGGGAUGAGGGUGUGCUGUGGUGCGCACCUGUAUGGGCUGGAGCCAUGGGGCUCCGUGCUGGGCACGCGCCAACAGGCCACAAGCCCACGCGCUUCCCCGCCCACACUGGGCACCGCAUGGGCUGAUGGUCGGCAACAGGGCAGAGGGGCUGCUGCUCCCCGGCUUGGCGGCCCAGGGAAAGCGAAUACCUGCUGCUGUCGGGGCCUGGCUCCAGUCCCUCAGAGCUCGGUGCGGAGAGACGUGCGCGUCUGUGUUGCGGGUGCCUCUCGACGCUGAGCAAGGCCGGGCUGCCGGGCCGUUUAACGUGGGCAGAAUGUGGCAAGGCGAGUUAUCCCUGCUCCCGCUGGGGUUCCUCUUGGGUGUAAAGGCCGCCCGCACUUGCUCACCCGCUCCUCGCAGCUCCAGCUGCCUUGGCGCUGGCGCCGGAGCUGAAAUGUGCAAGCUGGUGCUUGCGGGCAGGCUGUUCUUCCCGCGCCAGGCACAGCUUCACCUGUCUGCCUCCCCUGGCUCCCGAACUCCAGGCAAAGUGCCACCGCGCCAGGCCUGCCUGCUCCUCAAGCCGUCAGACUAGAGCUGAGGCGGGGCCCCCGGGCCUUGUGCUGGGGAUCUGCACGGGGGGGGGGGAAUUUCCCCCCGAGUCUAAGUUAUAACUGCCGUCCCGCCGUGGCACACCACCCGCCUCAACCGCUCCACACUCACGAGUGGGGAUCCCCCAGGUCACAGGCUCAGCUGCCAAGCCAUGAGCACUGAGUUCUUUCUAUUUGCCUCCUGGUGGCUGAGCCGCUACGGUUCACAGCUCCCAGCCGUCCAUCGGGACUAGAAACUUAUUUACUGUUAAAUGAAAAUCGAGAUUUGCGGAUCAUCACAUGACUCCGGGAACUGGCUCAUUGAGAACAAAAACUGAAUCUCGUGAGGUUUGGGAGCACUGACUUUGUUCAUUCGUUUGCUGCCAGAUCUGGAACGGGCGGGCUGGCCACGGGUGCAGACCGUGCGGCUCCUGAUAGGAGAGCCCAGCUCCAUACUGGGAUCCUAGCACACUAGAACUGGAAGGGGCCUUGAGAGGUCAUCGAGUCCUGUCCCCUGCCCUCCCAGGCAUAUUCAAUGAAUAAUUAAACCGUGUGCCCAUAGAAUAGAGGAUUUCUGAUGUUUUACUAUUUAAAAAUUUAGGGGGGGAUUUAUUUUUCUCUUGUGUUCAUUGUGGGGUGUUUUGUUUUUUGUAACAACGAGCCAAAGUCGUUAAGUUGCAGUCCCACUCAGAGGUCUGUCACCGAUUCUGGAUACUGAAGGGGACAGAGAGCCAAGUGCUGUAUACAUCAACCUAGAUUUUAUACUGGCCUUUUUGUGAUAACUUAACUGUCGUGUUGCUGUUUUUAGCAAAUAAAGUGCAGAGUUUUUACAGUUC